AUGACUACUAUGAACGCUGUGGCUGAGGCAGUGCGCGAGGCUGCAGUAGCAGCGACUAGGGCUGUUGAACGUCUUGGGGUGAGAAACGGGAAUGAGAAUGAACAUGGAGAAGAUAGUGGAAAUGAUGAGAAUAACUUGGGGCAUCUCAAAAGACCUAUGACCCUUGAGACUUUUCUGAAGGUUAAAUCGCCUAAGUUUAAAGGUACACUCGUUGCGACUGAUGCUGACAAUUGGUUUCGAGCUAUCGAACGAUCACUGCGAGCACAGCAUGUUCUGGAAGGCCAACACGUAGAGUUCGCUACUUAUAUGCUGGAAGGAGAAGCUGAGCAUUGGUGGCAGGGGAUACAACGACUGUUGCAACAAGAUGAAGAAUAUGCCCGUAAGUUUGAUGACUUGUGCCGUUUCUCCAAGAUUUACCAAGGGAAUCCUGCUGAUUUUGAAGAAUGGAAGUGCUUAAAGUUCGAAGGGGGUCUUCGUGAGGAUUUGAUGAGUUCAGUAGUCCCAUUGGAGAUACGAGAUUUUGCUAAGCUGGUUAAUGAGUGUAAGUUAGUGGAAGAAUGUGCUAAGAAGCGAAGGAAUCCACAAGUUGGUAACGCUCCUGCUCGCCCUAUGGGUAGAAACGGAGGUAGACCAAGGCAGGAUACUGGUAAACGACCCCAACAGGCACAGGUGAAUACUGCAUGUAGGCAGUGUGGGAGAGAUCAUGGUAAUAGACCCUGCUUGUUUGGAAUAUCCAAGUGUUAUAUUUGUAAUGAACCAGGACAUAUGGCUAAGAAUUGCUCAAAGAGGUUUACUCAGAAUCCAGCGCGAACCCAGCAACAAGGUCGAGUGUUUGUUAUGAUUGCUGAUGAUGCUAUGCAAUCAGACGCCCUGAUCCAAGAAGUUAUUCUAGGAUUAGAUUGGUUAUCUAAGUAUCAUGUUUUCCUUGAUUGCUAUGAAAGAACUGCUAUUAUUCCAUCUAAUGGUUUAGAUAUUAAACCAUUUUUGUCUCAUACUUUAUAUCUGAAUUCUGUAAGAGUUACCUUAGACGGGAGUGAUUUUGAGGGGUACAUUCUGUUAGCGGCUAGCUCGAAUGACAGUGAACUAAGCUUAGAACGAAUCCGAGUGGUGAAGGAAUUUCCCGAUGUUUUUCUGGAUGACAUACUUGAGUUUCCUCCUCAGCGAGAGAUAGAAUUCAGCAUUGAACUAGUACCUAGAACCGGACCGAUUUCCAUAGCACCGUACCGGAUGUCACCAUUGGAACUUGCAUAG